CCGGAUAGUCAAAUGUAAUAAUCUGUGAUCCGCAGCGGCUUGGAGUGAAAUUACAUUGUUAUACACUCUAGCCAAUCGUAUCCGUUUUUCAUCCGCACUAGACAGUUUGUGCCUAUCUAAUAGGCAUUUUGCGCAAUCACCCACACUCCUUCCGCUUUUGAGAUACUCAGGGCUUUAGAAACGCUCCAGCAACAUACGAACGAAUCGAAAGGUUACGGAGCUGAAGGUCUAUCACGUAAAACCGUCGGCAACGGCUCACAAACCACGUAGAUUUAGAUUGCCAUGUCAGACUCUGGCGGGGAUGCAAAGCUGGAGGUGAAACAGGCCAGCAAAGAGUUUAAAGAGAGCGAAAACGUUGCCGAGAAAUACUCCGCGAUGACAAGCACCAAGAACAGCGACGUGAACAUGAACGUCGGAGAGCUGUCCGCCGCAUUCACUGCGGUCCCGACCCACAAAUCUAUUAAGAAGCAGAUUCAGUUUGCCAACCAAGAGGAAAAACAGGAGUUCAGCAAGUUCCCUACAAAGACCGGGCGUCGCUCCCUGUCUCGCUCCAUCUCUCAGUCCUCCACGGACAGCUACAGCUCAGCGGCCUCAUACACCGACAGUUCAGAUGAUGAGACGUCUCCUCGUGAGAAAAGCCAGGUCAACUCAAAGGGCAGCAGUGACUUCUGCGUCAAGAACAUCAAACAAUCUGAGUUUGGUCGGCGGGAGAUUGAGAUUGCAGAACAAGACAUGUCUGCACUCAUUUCCCUGCGGAAGCGAGCCCAGGGCGAGAAACCCCUCGCUGGGGCUAAAGUGGUUGGCUGCACCCACAUCACUGCACAGACUGCAGUCUUGAUUGAGACACUUGUGGCUCUGGGUGCUCAGUGUCGCUGGACUGCCUGUAACAUUUACUCCACUCAGAAUGAAGUGGCAGCAGCUUUGGCAGAAAGUGGUGUAUCCGUUUUUGCCUGGAAAGGAGAAUCAGAAGAUGACUUCUGGUGGUGCAUUGAUCGCUGUGUCAACAUGGAAGGCUGGCAGGCAAACAUGAUCCUGGAUGAUGGGGGUGACCUGACCCACUGGGUGUAUAAGAAAUACCCCAGCGUCUUCAAGAAAGUGCGAGGGAUUGUGGAGGAGAGCGUUACAGGUGUACACAGGCUGUACCAACUCUCCAAAGCUGGGAAGCUUUGCGUCCCUGCUAUGAAUGUCAACGACUCUGUCACCAAACAGAAGUUUGAUAAUCUGUACUGCUGCAGGGAGUCCAUCCUGGAUGGUCUGAAGAGAACGACAGAUGUGAUGUUUGGAGGGAAGCAGGUGGUGGUUUGUGGUUCUGGAGAGGUUGGAAAGGGUUGUUGCUCAGCCCUAAAAGCCCUUGGAGCCAUCGUGUGUGUGACGGAGAUUGACCCUAUUUGUGCCCUUCAGGCUUGUAUGGACGGCUUCAAAGUGGUGAAGCUUAAUGAGGUGGUACGCCAAAUAGACAUGGUUAUCACUUGCACGGGGAACAAAAAUGUUGUGACCAGAGAGCACUUGGAUCGAAUGAAGAAUGGCUGUAUUGUCUGUAACAUGGGCCAUUCCAACACUGAGAUUGAUGUGGCGAGUCUGCGAACUCCAGAGCUUACCUGGGAAAGGGUGCGCUCACAGGUCGACCACAUCAUCUGGCCUGACGGGAAACGAGUGAUAUUACUGGCUGAGGGCCGGCUCUUGAACCUGAGCUGCUCAACAGUACCCUCAUUUGUGCUAUCAAUCACAGCCACAACUCAGGCUUUAGCCCUGAUAGAACUGUAUAAUGCACCAGAAGGUCGCUACAAACAAGAUGUGUACCUACUGCCAAAGAAAAUGGAUGAAUAUGUGGCUAGCUUGCAUCUGCCCAACUUUGACGCUCACCUUACAGAACUGUCAGACGAACAGGCCAAAUAUAUGGGCCUCAACAAGAAUGGACCCUUUAAACCAAAUUACUACAGAUAUUAGUGUGACGGGAUCAAUUCAGCCUUCAUAAAAGAUGGAGAGACCUAUAUUAACAAGUGAAGCUAGAGAUUUAUUUUCUAUUAAUAUACAUUUAUUAAAGCAAAACUUGAUUUUACUGAAUGUUAUUCUUAUUUAAUAGUGUUACUAACGUACAGUGACAAAGUAUAUGUUCAUGUCACUUUUAGUAUUAUGUAUAGUGUAAGAAUUUAUGUAUUAUUACAUUUGUUGUAAAUCUUUUAACCUACAUACAAAAGGACCACUGUUUAUUGCUCUUAAAGUGUGCCAAAUAUUGGUUAUACUGUAGUUACUGAUCGUAUAGGACAGUUGAUAAUUGUUACUGUUUUGUUUUUACAUGGUUAUUCGAUUCACUCAAUGUAACACUAAACUCAUUUAUUAGAGACAGAAAAGUUGUCUUUGUGGCUUUUUAAUAUAAAAAUUUUAGUCUUGGUAUAAUUUGCCUGAUUAAUUGCUCUUGCAUUAGAAAAUCUAACAGCUUUUUGAAUGAAUGUACUAUCUAUUACUGCUAAAAGCUAGAGUUUUCUGGCAAUAUGAUACACACCACUGUGUGCUGAAACUUUCUCAACCCAGCAGCACCUGCUGCGAAAUAUAUCCCGAAUGGGGGAUUUUAUGAAUCGUGUAACCAACAGGGAUUAUUUUCCCUGUUACACUCUCACAUACUUUGAACAUCUCUCUUUGGCCUUUUAACAAAUUCUUGUGCUAAAGUAAUGUAUGCUUUAUAGGCCAAUCUUAGAUGAAUAUAAAUGCAACUAUAGUUAUAUGAUUAAAGUCAGAUUUUGUGAGAGAUUUAUUGAAAAUUAUUAACCCCUGGUACCGAACAAACCCACACAUAGACAGCUUGACUAAAAAUGAAUACUCAUAUCUUGAUUACCAUCUCUAAAGGACUUCAAAUGUCUUAAGAAAAUAUCACUGUGAAUACUGUCAUUUCAGUAUUUGCCUCAUCUGCACUUUGUUUGUGAUAUACCUUGCAUCCUUUGUCAAGUGUGUUCCCUCUGCUUUGAUGUCAUACAAUCUCCGUACAAGCUGCAUUAAAGAUCUAACUGUCACAAAGUCUGCACUUUGAAAAAUACUUAUGGUAUUAAAUUAUAUCACAUCUGCUUGCAUUAUUUUGAAGUUUAUUAAUCUGUAACAAUAACAUAAUUUAAACAAAAUUACAUUUUGUUUCUGUCUACGAUAGGAGGUUGGGUGUAGUACAAGAGGUUGUCUGAAGUAAAGGGAAUCUGGUGGGAAAAUAACAAUAAAAAGUUUACAGUAGCCUAUAGAGAAGGGACCACAAGGGGGUGCUAGGGGGUCGAUGGAAAAUUUCAGAGGAAGAAAAAUUGUUCAUAAAUGUGAAAAGGGGAAUUAUAUUUACCAAAUUUAACAUAAUUUUCAUUUCAGUUUAAUCAAAAUGAUUCACUUCAGGUUUUUACAUUUAACAUUACUCAAAUAUUGUGGGCUUUUUACCCCAAAUACUAUCCUUGAUAAUGACAAAUAUUUAUUUUGUCUCAAAAUAAAGGUGAUAAUUUAUAGGAUAUUCAUUAGCUACAUAAAUUUGCAACAUUUAAAAAAUUAUUAAAUAUUAGAUCAAAUUACAUAAAAAUCUCAUGGAACAGGAACAUUUUUGCAGUUCACAGUGACAAACAGGUGUUCAGGAAAGUCCUGUGGUUGUUUAUGAUGCUAUUUAAUGUUUUGAGAGAAAAUAAAAUCAAAGGUGCCUUUUACACCGGGGGGCCUUCAGUCCCGUUGUGCCCUACAAUAACAAUAUAAAAGUCAAUAAUUUAAAUAGUUUUAUCACAGUUUAAAUUGGUCUUUAUACUUAUUAUAUUUUAGGAAGAGAGUCCCUCGCAAGGCAUUCAUCAUAUUUGGGGGUCCUUGGCAUCAAAAAGUUUUAAAACCCCUGGCCUAGAGUAGGAGAAAAAAGACAUUAACUACCUCCAGAGGGCACUUGAGGGCUCAUAAAGCUGAAUCGUCAAAAGUGAGUGUGCGCUGCUGCGCAAACGAGGAAGUAUCCACAAUAUUCUCAGCGAGUCCACUGUAUUUUGCAAGGUGGGCGGAAUUUCUGGUUGACUAGCGGAAGUGCGAUUGGUUGGCGUUUUGUGUGUAACUGGUCACUACUUGCUUGUGUGUCAUGCGGUUAGAUUCUUGCUUUUUAAAUGGUGUGAGAUGUCUUUACAUUUUCCUGGACAAUGUGUGCAGUUGAUGGUUAUCCUAAUAAUAGAGCCUGAACCAUAUGGGAUUUUUGAGACCGAUACUGAUUUUAGAGGGGGGAAUUUCACCGAUAUGGUGGCCGAUAUAGCUAAUUUAUGGGCUGGAAUGAAAACAGACCUUUUCUAUGUGGAUUUUUCACCGAUUUUGCACUGAUAUGACUAUGCAAAGGUACUCAGAAGGCUGCUUUCUAAAACAAAUAUUUUUAUCAAGGAAUAUUUGACAUUAUUAUUAUACAUUGUCAACAAAUUCUAGAAAUGAACACUGAGAAAAUAAAGAAUAAAUAAAAAUACAAUAAAUACAUCAGUACUGUAUGUUCAGUAUCAGUCUAUGGCUGACCAUUUAAAUAAAUAAUAAAUUAAAAUUAUAGCUAAAUAAAAAUCAGUACUGUAUGUUUAGUAUCAGUCUAUGGCUGACCAUUUAAAUGAAGAAUAAAUUAAAAUUAUGGCUAAAUCAAAAUCAGUACUAUAUGUUUAGUAUCAGUCAGUGGCUGACCAUUUAAAUAAAGAAUAAAUUAAAAUUAUAGCUAAAUAAAAAUCAGCACUGUAUGUUUAGUAUCAGUCUAUGGCUGACCAUUUAAAUAAAGAAUAAAUUAAAAUUAUAGCUAAAUAAAAAUCAGUACUGUAUGUUCAGUAUCAGUCAGUUGCUGACCAUUUAAAUAAAGAUGACUAUUUUAAUACUGCCAGUCAGUUAUUGGCAGUUUGUAAAACAAGAAGCAUUUACACCUGCCAAGUCAAGAGAUAAACAGCGACAACGGUGUUACGCCGUAUUCUGCAAUACAAGUUCAGAGGAAACUUUCAAUGGUGGAAAACCAGACUUUUAAAUAUUACAUUUUGUAAAUGCAACGACUGGAAUUGUUCGGUUGAAGGGGGUACCAAACUGCAAAUCCUUAAUAAAACAGUUUGGUAAAUACAUGUUUGCACAUUAGCUUCCACUCAGUUGACAAGCAAUGAAAGUAGCUAUGUGGUUAGCUAGUUAGCUAUAAGAUCAUUGCCAUGGAGAGUAAAAGACAGACAUUAUUUACUUUCCAGCAUUGCGUCUCAUCAACUAGGUAACAACGUAGCGUGAAAUCAACACUCAACAGACACAAUCCACCACUGCACCGUUGUCUGCUGAGCUGCAAAAAGAUGCUCUGACAAACUAUAGUUGGCUAACAUAGCAAACAGAUGUGAUAAACAUGAGUGACAUGAUUGUCAGGGACAGGGUUAACGUUAUAUUAGAUAUACUGAAAAGGGAAAAUUAUGGGAUCAUUGUUUAUUAACUUUCCAGUAUGUAUUUCACAAACUAGUUAACAACUUACCGUGAAGACACCGCUUAAAUCCGCACUGUCUGCAGAACCACCGUCAGCUCAGCUCUGUAAACAGUGGAGUUGGAGCGCGCUCUGCUGGACAAACUACGCUAUGACACCAAUUCUAAAGCAUUGUUUUCUGUAUUAUAUGCGCGUAUCGGUAAACAUAUACACUGAUAUGAUAUAUCUGUGAAAGGCUAAUAUCGUACCUAAUAAUCAAGCAAAACUGAAGUUUUAUCUAAAACAGCAAUGUUAUGAUCAGAAACCACUCGCAAAGCAAAGCGCUCCAGUCCCAGAUGCUGCUUCUUCCAUCGGCUGCCUACAGAAGGACUGACAUAGGAACAUCUGUUUGAAAAAGCUUGUAAUCAUUUGUUUGUAUGCUCUUUUCACUUUAUUGGCAAGAAGUCAAGAGCAGGGAUUACUUAUAUUAUCCACCGUUACGGUCCGGCUGCAAUAGACGUCCAGAAACAGAGUGCAAUGAAUUUCAUAUAAACUAUAGCAUUAUUGUGCUAACAGGUGUGUGUACAUGUGCUGAAAGUUCAUUAGACAUUUUGAGAGUUUGUUCAUUUCUAUUCAGCGUUGGCCUUUGUGAAUGCUUCACGUGUUUUAAAAUGGCAUUAAUAUUGAAUAUAAAAAGGAACUGUGGUUCCCUUAUGACUCAGUACACUUGACAUUGCGUUCUGCUGCGUUCUGCUAAUGCAUAUGGGGAGUGUCCUUCUAAAUGACCUAGUUGAAACCCUUCUACAAUAAUGCCAAUAUUCUAAUAUUGGCUAUGGUGUUUGAGCCUCGUUCUUUUAGGCGCGAAGCUGUCUGCUAUAAAAGCAGGCGUGCAAACACCAUUCCUCAGAAUUUUCUUCCUUCAAGACAGCGAUUCAUCUCUCAUCUAGAAGCCCUCUACUACUUCACCGUCGACUACACGAGUCAGCGGGUGGGAUCUUAACGGCAACGAGAAGACUCUCCGCUCUCCUGCAGUGCUCCGGCGAACAUCACUCUGCCUCGCCGCUUGACACUUUCCUGGUGAAAGGGCCGCUUCAGCAUCCUGACUCCCCGCAGCGCUUCGUGUUUCCUUAUAAGCAAUUGUGAUAUUGUGUGUGUGUAUAUAUAUAUAUAUAUAUAUAUAUAUAUAUAUAUAUACAAAUCAUUUAGUGUGGCGUGAUGAGACACUGUUCCCCAUAUGCAUUAGCAGGACGCAAUGUCAAGUAUAAUGAGUCGUAAGGGAAUGUCUCGGUUACUUACGUAACCUCGGUUCCCUGAGACAAAGGGAACGAGACAUUGCGAAUGCUGGCCCCACUACAAGACUCAAAGUUCUUUGAGAUGCGAGCGAAGCACUCUUUGUCCCUCAGAAAAUUAUGAGGAAUGGUAUUUGCACGCAUGCUUUUAUAGUGGACAGCUUCGCGCCUAAAAGGACGGUGCUCAAACACCAUAGCCAAUAUUAGAAUAUUGCCGUUAUUGUAGAAGGGUUUCAGCUAGGUCGUUUAGAAGGACACUCCCCAUAUGCGUUAGCAGAACGCAAUAUCUCGUUCCCUUAGUCUCAGGGAACCGAGGUUACGGACGUAACUGAGACGUUUUCCUGAACUGUCUGUGAGUAGUGACGAUGUUUUCAACUGUUUUCAUGCUGUGAUGCUAAAUGGAUAAAUUCUACAGUGAAAGACCAUAAUUAUUAGAUGAGACAUGUACAGUAGUAAGAUGUUUUAUCACAUUUGAAAUGAACUGUUUUAUGAUUUUCCUCCUUCCUGCAUUUUUCUUGCCUGCAAUUCACAUAUCUUUUGAGUGUCUUUGCAGAAUUUGCAUGUCUUCCAUUAAGGGGAAAAGGUGAUUUGGAAAACAGUGUGGAAAUUUAAUUGUACAGUGCUUUUAAUAAUACAUACUGUUUUAUAGUUGCUUUACAGAGAACAUUGAACUUUUGUGUACAAUGUUUAUAAUGUACAGUAUGUCCAAAUAAAUAUGUUUAUUUGUAUUGAAUGUA